AAUAUUGCAUGCAUGUAAGUAUAUGUUACAAAUAUACAUGGGUGGGUUUUUUUGGCUGAGUCAUUGGAAACAAAUACAGACAUCAUAACACCUCACUCCUAAAUAUCUCAGUUUCAUAACCUUAUAAAGAUAGCUUUCAUAUCAUAAUACCAUUAUCACAUCUAAGAAAAUGACUAAUUCUCUACCUCAUAUUCAGUUCAUACUCUAAUUUCCUUAUGUGCCUAAACUAUGACAGCAUGGAAGGGCAUGAUGGAUUCUGGAGAUGAAGUAGGAGGAAAUGCACCUCAAUUUCCCCUUUCAUAAAGUCAGGGUAAGACUAGUACCCACUUCCUAAGAGAAUUAAACAAAGGCCCAUGGCACAGUUAGUAGCAAGCAAUGAGCCCCCAAGAAAUGUUAACCAUUAUUGUCACUGUUGUUAUUGUUUAUAUUGUUGAUGUUACUGUCUGCUGAAGCAGCCCCAGAACUUCCUCCUCAAAGCCCUCGAAGGGGAAAACUGGGCCUGGUGGAAGAUCCCAGGUCGACUGACCAACCCCCACCAUAUCCCCCGCAGGCCCCCUGUGGAUUGUGACGUCUGCUGACCAGGGGUCUGGCCGGAAAUCCCCCUUCCUGUUUCAGAUAAGCCUGGUGCAGCCCAGCUGACCCCAGGCCCUCCUCCCCCAUCACCUCCCAUGUCACAGGAUCAAGUCCCCAAGCCCCUUUCCCCUCCCCAUUCCAGUCAACCCAGAAACACCCCCUCUGCACCCCAGGUCACGCCCAUCCCAUUGUUUCCCAAGCUCCUGCUCAAGUCCAAGACACCCCAAAGCUACCGUGGAGGCUUGAGGCCAUCCCAGGGGGCAGAGGUGGGUGGGGAGGGGGUGGCACAGCUUGGCCCCGCCUCGGCCCCUGCAACUUGACCCGGGCUGCGACCCCUGCUCUGACGUCUUGGAAAAUUCCCCCCUGCCCAGGCCCCCAGAGGAGGGGGUAUGUGGUAUGAAAUGGGGCUGAGACCCCUGGCUGGGGGCACAGGGACCUGCCAGAGGUGAGCCAUGAACAGGGGACUGGAAGACUGGGUGUCUGGGGGCCCUUCCUCCUGGUGAGAGAGAAAAGGACACUGGAGGCCAAGAUUCCAGGGUCCUGGGGAAAGAGGGAGCAGAGGCCUGGAUUCCUCCAUCUGAGGGAAGCAGGGGAUGGGGCCCAGACUCCAGGGUCCCUAAGUGUCACCAGCUCACCCUGUGCUUUUUUUUUCUUUUGACCCAGAACAUUCACUACUGGCAUCCAUGGACUUGAACUGGGAUGAAGCAUCGCCACAGGAAGUGCCCCUGGGGAACAGACUGUCAGGGCUGGAAGGAGCUGAAUUCGACUUCUAUUUCCCUGAACUGGCACUCCCAGGGGACAGGCUGACAGCGGAGACAUACUGGAAAACUGGCUGUGGGCUGGGACCUCAGGGUGCUGGAGAAGAAUUUCCACAGCCGGACUGGGUCUCCGCAUUACCGAACCCAGAAGCUCCAUGGGGCGCGGAACCCGCCCCUCAGGCUCUUCCGUGGUCCGGAGAUUGGACAGACCUGCCGUACAGCGGCUCGGUCCCUUGGAGCCGGGUCUCCCAGGCCCUGGGCCCCGCCCCCUUGGCUGGCUCCGAAGAGGCAGCCAGCGGAAACAGUGCCACCUCCGCUGAAGGUGCCAACUCUUGGUCGCGCGCCCCGGUCGCCGCCAGCUCCACCAGCUGGGACUCUUCUAUUGGCCCUGAAGGCGCCACCUACUGGGACAAGGGCCUCGGCGGCAAGCCGCACGCGGACUCUGCCAUUCCGUGGGGCGGGCCUUCGGGCUCGGACUAUACCACCUCCUGGGACUGGGGGCUGCACACGGAUUGCACCACCUCUUCAAAGGAGUACCAGGGUUCAGAUCUCACCACCUCCUCCGUACCGAGCCAGCAGUCGGACCGUGCAACCUUAGCUCAUUAUCCCAAGACGAACCACCGAGGUCCCAUUCAGCUGUGGCAGUUCCUCCUGGAGCUGCUCCAAGACGGGACGCGUAGCAGCUGCAUCCGCUGGACGGGCAACAGCCGCGAGUUCCAACUGUGCGACCCCAAAGAGGUGGCGCGGCUGUGGGGCGAACGCAAGAGGAAGCCCGGCAUGAAUUAUGAGAAGCUGAGCCGAGGCCUGCGCUACUACUACCGCCGCGACAUCGUGCUCAAGAGCGGGGGGCGCAAGUACACCUACCGCUUCGGAGGCCGAGUUCCAGGCCUAGUCUAUCCCGACCGCAUGGGGGACGGACAGGGAGCAGCGACCCAAUAAAAAUAUCUGGUCAGGCCUUGUUA